CGCUUUUUAAUUUUUUUCUCUCGUGAUAAAAUUAUGAACACAAAUCAAGGGAAAACCAAAAGAGCAGCGAGUAAAAACAUUUUCAGCUCUUGAAGAAGAAUAAAUGGCUGCUGGUGCUCUCAAGGCAAUUUGCUCUCCCCAGCUGAAGACCAAUUACAGUAUCCCUGGACGACGCUCGCCUCUCGUCUCUUCAAACCACAGAUCGCUUAAACGUCGGCCGGCCAUGGCGGCUACUCUCACAGCUGCACCUAUUACCAGCCGUGGGCUCUCGGAGACCUUCUCGAGCUUGAAAGAACAGGGAAGAGUGGCACUAAUUCCAUACAUUACAGCAGGUGAUCCUGACCUUUCAACCACAGCAGAAGCUCUGAAAAUCCUCGACUCAUGUGGCUCAGACAUUAUAGAAUUAGGAGUGCCUUAUUCGGAUCCUUUGGCUGAUGGUCCUGUUAUCCAGGCUGCUGCCACACGGUCACUAGGUAGAGGAACCAAUUUCGAUAAAAUCAUUGUCAUGUUGAAGGAAGUAAUUCCUCAGUUAUCCAGUCCAAUUGCACUAUUCUCAUAUUACAAUCCGAUACUCAAGCGCGGUGUGGAGAAAUUUAUGAUCACUUUGAAGGAUACUGGAAUUCAUGGACUUGUUGUUCCAGAUGUCCCUCUUGAAGAGACUGAGAUAUUGAGAAAGGAAGCUAGUAAUAAUAAUAUCGAACUGGUGCUGCUUACAACCCCAACUACUCCGAAAAAGCGUAUGGAAGCCAUUGUAGAAGCUUCAGAAGGAUUUGUGUACCUUGUCAGCUCAGUGGGAGUCACAGGAGCAAGAGCAUCGGUCAGUGAAAAAGUUCAAUCUCUUCUACAGGAUAUUAAAGAGGCAACGAGCAAGCCAGUGGCAGUUGGUUUUGGCAUAUCGAAACCCGAGCAUGUUAAACAGGUAGCUGGAUGGGGAGCGGAUGGUGUCAUUGUUGGUAGCGCCAUGGUAAAAAUAUUGGGCGAGGCAAAAUCACCAGAAGAAGGGUUAAAAGAACUCGAAAAGUUCACAAAAAGCUUAAAAUCGGCACUUUUAUGAUGAUUGGGUUUGUUCUAGUUGUUUUUAUCUGGAUCAAUUUGCCUCUUGAAAAAGCAAACUGUUGAUUUCAAUAGUUUUUACUUUUCUCUCGUCGUGUAUGGUGUUUCUAUUUUUCUUCAGAAUACUUGUUACCAUUUUGACCCUCUGAUCUCAGUUUUGGACAUGUCAAACAUUAACUUGGGUUUUGCUUAUUGCUUAUUUAAAACAAAAAAAAAAAUAAAAAAAAAA